AUGUCAACAUCCAAUGAACAGAAGACGCUGUUGAUAUUUGGUGCCACCGGCAAGCAAGGUGGUGCUGUUAUCGACAACAUCCGCUCCAACUCGCCUACCUCUCCCUUUCAUAUCAUUGCAGUCACACGCGACCCUACCAGCCGCAAAGCUCAGGCUCUUGCGACCAACCCCAAUAUAUCUGUUAUUGAGGGUGAUUUGGGCGACGCCGAUGCAAUUUUCAGCAAAGCCGGCUCAGUAUGGGGCGUUUAUAGCGUCCAGGUCAAUUCGGACGCAGAGGAACAACAAGGCAAAGCUGUCAUCGACGCCGCUGUAAAACAUGGUGUCCAGCACAUUGUUUACUCCUCCGGAGACCGUGGUGGACCUGAGCGCUCACCUAACAAUCCUACCUACGUCAAGAACUUUGCCGCGAAACACGCCAUUGAGAAACAUCUUGAACAGCAGGCACAGGAAAGCGUGCAGAAGAUGACAUACACUAUUCUCCGACCGGUGACCUUCUUCGAAAACAUCACGACAGAUAUUCACGGAAAGGGAUUCGCGCGUAUGUGGGAGCAGCUGGGAAGUAAGAAGCUCCAGAUGAUAUCGACUAAAGACAUUGGUUGGUUUGCGGCUCAGAGUCUGCUUUGGCCUGAGAUGUACAGGAAUACAGCAUUGACGCUUGUGGGUGAUGAGCUGACGCAGCGUGAGGCGGAUGCUAUCUACUAUACGGUCAUUGGCCAGAAGAUGGCUCUGGCGCCUUGUCCGGUUGCGAGCGCGGUAAAGUUUGUGUUGAAGGGGUCUGUUGGUGAUAUGUUUAAGUGGUUUGCAGAUGAGGGUUAUGGUGGGGAUGUGCAAGAGUGCCGUGGUCAUAAUCCCGAGAUGCAAGAUUUUAGAGCUUGGUUGGAAGAGAACGAGGGAAACUUCAAGAAGAACAUUUCGUAG